UGUGGUUUUGGAAUGCUUUGGAAGGGAAAGCAGGGUUUGCAUUUCAGACGAGCAGGACCUGCCUGGGGAUGGGGCUGCUGGUGGGUGGAUAUUGAUAGAAACUGUCUCUCAGUAGCAUAGCCAUGAAUUCUCUUAAUUAAUGGGUUUCUCCAUUGAUCUGCCUUCCCAGAGACCUCUUCCGUUUAAAGGACCUCGUGGUGAUGCAUCACCAACGGUAAAGACAGAUGGAUUUUGGUGGCAUUAAUCUGUAGUCUAAGCCUUUGGCUGAACCAUGAACUCAAGAACAACGUAUGAGGGACUCCUGGCAUGGAGGACUCGAGCCAGAGGGUCUCCAUGAAGGCAAGGGCAGGUGGUGGCAACGGGAAUCAAGUCAGGUUGGGAUCAGGCGCUACGGAACAGAUGGCACUGAAUAUUGAUGUUGGGAUAAAGCAAAGCCAAACCCACUGGCUGUGAUCCUGCAUGGCUUCACUAAUAAAAGGGGCAAAAACUAACACAGGGCAAGUUGAUUUUUCAUUGCUGCUGGUGGGUAAAGUUUAGCUUGAAGGGCUUUUUAACCUUAAAACAGACGGCCUCAGGUCUGGGCUAAAUUAUGGCUCCGCAGGCUGUCAUUGGCUCAUAAAAAGAGCAGGUAAUUUUAACAUUUUUGAACAACUGCCCAGAUUAAGUUUACUAAAGAAGAAACCUCUGCAACUGUUCAUGGCCACGAAGAGGAAACCAGGCUUGGAAUGCUUUGAUUUAUGAGCUGGGCUGGGGAUGCCCAAGAAUGAGCGGGUCCUUGGCCGGCCUACACACGAGAGCAGGAGGCUUAAAAGACCUGCUGAAAUACUUUGUGGUCUGAGGAUUUCGCUGCUCUACCGAUUCAUCUCCGAUUAUCAAACAGAGCAUAAAUUCCUUCCUGAUGACAUAUGAGAGAGCAUGUUACCGGAGAAGCCAGCUGAUGAGUUCAGGUUUCAUGCUGUUCCGCUGUUGGUUUGUUCAGGAAUAGCAUCCUGGCUCUCAGCAGGAAACAGAAGUUCAUCUCCUGGAGCUGCAGGAACCCUUUUUGGAGAUGCUCCUCAGUUGCAGAUGCGCAGGCAAGCCUUGAGGUUUAACACCGUGUUACUAAACUUAACACCGUGCAUGUCCUUGGCCCGUUUGGGUGUUGGGGUUUAGUAUAACCCUGCUCCGAGCUCAGGAAAGGUGCGGCUUUUGCCCUUGCUCAGCUGACACGUCAGAGCCUCUCCUGCUCUGAUGAUGUUUGUGGGUCUGAGCACCCACCCAGUACCAAACUGCUCUUUGUUUGCUUUAAUCCCUGUCACAACUGCAUCAAAACUGCUUCAAAUCUGAGUGGCACUGACACCCUUUCACCUCCCUGGGAUUUGUUUGAGCUCAGGUACCGUGUCCUGGGCUGCAUCGAAAGAAACGUGGCCAGCACGGCGAGGGAGAGGAUUCUGCCCCUCUGUUCUGCUCUUGUGAGACCUCACCUGGAGGAUUGUGUCCGGUUCUGGAAUCCUCAGCAUAAGAAGGAGAUGGAGCUGUUGGAACGGGUCCAGGGGAGGCUACAAGGAUGAUCUGAGGGCUGGAGAACCUCCUGUAUGAGGACAGGCUGAGAGAAUUGGGGUUGUUCAGCCUGGAGAAGAGAAGGCUCUGAGGAGACCUUAGAGCAGCUUCCAGUGCUGAAAGGGGCUCCAGGAAAGCUGGGGAGGGGCUGUUCACAAAGGCUUGUGGUGACAGGACGAGGGGGAAUGGCUUUAAAUUGUAGAGGGGCAGAUUUAGACUGGACAUAAGGAGUGGUUUCUUCACCACGAGAGUGGUGAGGCCCUGGAACAGGUUGCCCGGAGAAGCUGUAGAUGAUCCCUGGAGGUGUUCAAGGCCAGGUUGGAUGGGCAUUGGGCAGCCUGAUCCAGUGGGAUGUCCCUGCACGUCGCAGGGGUUUGGAACUGGAUGAUCUUUAAGGUCCCUCCCACCUAAACCAUGCUAUAAUCCUUUGAAACCCAUUGCAAUGCCCCAUCCCACCUCCCUGGUGCUGGGAAGGAUUUCCCGGUGGGAUGGCUCUUCUCUGUGUGAUUUAGGACCCGUCUCCCUGGGAAGCUCUCGCUGAGCCAAGCAAGAGCCCAGAUCCUGCGCUCUCAUUGUUAUUCUGCAAAACAGCUGCUUAUUUCUGCUUAAUCCCUUUCCAAACAGAUAGGCUCAAAUCAGAAACAGUUGGGUUCAUGCCAGCCUGGGCAAGAAGCUCUCCUGAAUCCUAUCUCGGAGCAGACACGCUCUUGGGUGCUUGUAAAAUACCGAGCACCUCCUUGGCAGAGUCACAGGGAAUCCGAGUGAGUAAAAUAAUUGGCCCAGACUCUUGGGAUAAGUAGGAGCUCCUGGCCCAGCACAUUCCCAGCAGCAUCAUGGAAAAGGGGUUGCAGCUGAAUUGGGAGGGGAAAAAUCCUCACUAUUUAGAUGGAUGAAGUAAGGGAAAAAUGCCUCUGUGAAGAGGACGGUUCCAAAGGGUGUUUCUGUGCUCUUGGGAAUGAUAUGCAUGUGUUUUUGCUGCUGGUCAAGGUGUCCAGUGCCUGGAUCCAGCCUGGGCUCUCCCCUCCCAGGGUUGGUGUCGCCAGGAUAGCUCAUUUCUCCAGGAAUCACAGAGAGGCUGGGAAAGCCAAACAUCCGUGUGGCCAGUGUAAGUGGGGACCUGUUGUGCCGGGACUGCCGGAGGCUCGGAACAAGUCUUCAGCUGCAGGGACAUCGUGGACGACACUGGAGACCUUGGCUCAGAGCUUUGCCGUGUGAAGCAGGGACAAAUCCGGCCCGACAGAGGUUGUGGAUGGAUCGUGGUUUAAAACAACCGCUUGGGUAUCAACUCACCCAUGGAGAAGGCACUGAUUUGUGCAACAUGGACCCCUGCGUGCAGCAGGCCUACGCAGUGCUGGGAGGGAAAACACACGACUUCGUCUUGCUGGGAAGCGGAGCUUCAACUUCUUCCAGUUUUUGGAUUCCCAUCCUGCCCCGAAUCCAGCGGAGCUCUUCAGAAAUGGGACACAGCAGCACAGACAAGGGUCGUCGCAGAUGGAUUUCCCAACCCAGAAAGAUUAUAGCAGGCAAGGAGAAAAAAAGGUCUGCGUAGCCACAAAGGAAAGCCAAGUGCAGCCGAGCUCAAUGCGAGAUCAGUUCACUGUGGCCACGGCAAACAACCGACUCUCCAUUUCCACAGACCGUGAUGUACAAUGCCUAUUCACCUGCGCUGGACUCGCUCCAAAGCGGAAUCUGCAGCGCUGGAUAGAGGAGAGAUCCCUCAGACAGUCUUGCUCAAGGAUUCAUCUCCUCUGAAGCUCGUGAUUAUUGCUGAUGUCACCAGUCUCAAGAUACUCAAGGCAAGGUGGCCAGGAGAUGUGGCCUGGCGUGGGGAUGGAGGCAGGUGGGCCAUGAGCUCCAGGAGCUGGCAGAAGGACUUGCAGACUGGAUGCCUACGCCUCCACUCCGCACCAGCUUUGCCCAUCCUUCCCAAAGAGAACUGCCCUCCUGCCUUGCAAAGAAGGAGAAGGAAGUACCUCACAAGCAAAUCCUGUGGGCUGAGACUGGCGAAGAAAUGUGCGUGUGCGAAGGCGCUUUCAAUGAGAAGGUGUGAUUUAACCACAAGUGACAUCUGAGCUGCUUUAUUUGACCGUUCCUUAACUUGUUGAAGAUUAAUCUGUGCUGGCUUUAUUGCAGCUUUUAUUACUGGGUGACACGUUUCUGGUGGUAGCGACUGGCACACCCAGUUCAACAUACAGAGGAACACCUGGAACAGGUUGCUAAUCCCUUUUUGCAUGUGUGCUCACCUUUCUCCUUUUUUUUUCCUGGUUGUGCCAUUCGUGUCAGUGCUCACCUUCACAGCUCACUUUCCCACCAGGACCAAGACUGGAGAUCCAUUCAUGGAGGUCUCGGAAGGGAAGAAGAUCUCCCGCAAGAAACUCCUCACCUUCCUGCUCUUCAGUUUCACCUUCGGCCUCUGUCUCUUGGUUUAUCUUCAUCAGUUCUGGACUUCUGAGUCAGAUCAUUAUGAUUCCAGUCCCCUGCCAGUGGAUAAGCACAGGCUGAUCAUCUUGGUCUGGGAGUGGCCCUUUGGGCAACGUUUUGACUUCGUAAACUGCUCGGAGCUCUACAGCAUCCCAAACUGCCUCUUCACCAGCAACCGCAGCUGGUUCCAAAAGGCUGAUGCUGUGGUUAUGCAUCACAGGGACGUGUGCAGAGACGCGAAGCGCUUGGCCCGGCUCCCCAGACCCCAGUCCCAGCUCUGGAUCUGGUUUAACCUGGAGUCCCCGAGUAACUCCCCAAACUUAGGCGCCAUGAACAACCUCUUCAACCUGACCAUGUCUUACCGGAAAGACUCGGACAUCUUCAGCCCUUAUGGAAUGCUGCAGCCCCUUGGCCAGCCCCAGCCCCUCAGCAUCCCACCCAAGACCAAGCUAGUGGCCUGGGUAGUCAGCAACUGGCGAGCAGAUUCCUACCGGGUAAAGUACUACCAGGAGCUGAAGAAACACAUUCCCGUGGACGUCUAUGGGAGGCAUAGGUUGCCUCUGUCCAGGGACAAACUCCUUCCCACUGUGUCCCAGUACAAAUUCUACCUAGCUUUUGAGAACUCGCAGCAUGAAGACUACAUCACUGAGAAGGUCUGGAAGAAUGCCUUGUCCUCUGGCACCGUCCCUGUCGUGUUGGGGCCUCCUCGAGAAAACUACGAGCGCUUCUUGCCCCCUGAGUCCUUCAUUCAUGUUGAUGACUUUGCCAGUGCAGAAGAGCUGGCUCGGUACCUGUUGGAGCUGAGCAAGGACACCGAGAGAUACCAACGCUACUUCCAGUGGCGCAAGUCGCUGAAACCCGUGUUGGCGAAGAGCUGGGGCGUGCACUUCUGCAGAGCUUGUUACUUCUUGCGGACUACGGAGACCAAGUAUAAGGUUGUGUCCAAUCUGUCUGGGUGGUUCGUGUAAGUGCUGUUGGCUCAGCUCUCCACUGCAAUCUUUUUGUUCUUGCUGGUGGGCUGCAAUUUCACGGGAUGAUUGAACUUGAUGGAAAUGGAGGACGAGAGGAGCUUUGAAGCAAACAAGGACAAGGAAGGAAUUAGGUGUUCUUAUGUCUUUGUCUUACUGGAGAAGGCGCUGUCAGAUAUAGUAGUACACAGAGAUUCUCACUGAGAUUCUCUGUUGUUACGUGAGCAACUUGCUAAGCUGGCUGCAGCUUGGUCUUCAGAGAAGUCCACCUUCAGUCUGUGCAAAAAACUGGGGAAGAAGAAGCCUCUCCCAAGCCUGUAGAAAGAAGGCACCGAGAAUGGAUGAAGGCUGCUCAGCACCUCCAGGCUGAGAUGCCUUCUCACACAGCUGGUCCUCGCAGAGCUGGCGCUGGGGACACAGUCUGGGAAUGCCACACUUUGGUGACUACAC